AGUCUUACUAUCGCCUAUGCUUCCUUGUCACUGUAUUGAAACAUUUUUAUUGGUUAGAUGAUGAGAGUAUUCGAGCCAUUUUUCAGGGAAUGACCAUUCCGUCUCGUCUGGAUCUGGCAAGCAACCGUUUAACGGUGGCGACCCUGGAUUUCCUUUGUCAACAUGCCGGACCGACGCUCACCAAACUGUGUAUGAGCAAUAAUAAUCUAGGGCCUAUGGCGUUACAACGGUUACCCGAUUUAUUUUCCGCGUGUACAUCUCUGAAAACUUUGGAAUUGUCCUCAUGUGAUUUGGGAGAUUACAUGCUUCUCGAUAAUACGACUAUCGAAAAAUACAAUCAAAUGAGAUUAGAUGAUGACGCGGUGCCUGUAGAACUGGAUAUCAGCCAGAAUCAUUUUGAUGGAGAUAUGCUUUCUGGGUGGACGCCGUAUCUGGUCAAGUUAGGCCGCAUUCAGAAAUUGCAAUGUCGCGGCAUCACCACCGACAGUCCGUGGGACACCCUUGGACUAUUAAGUGAUCUUCCGUUUUUGACCUCGCUUGAUCUCGAUGAUACCGCUGCGUCAUCGUGGAGCGCAUCGGAUUUGCGAGAUAUUUUGCAAAAAAGCAUUCACCUUGAGAGGUUGAGUCUCUGCAAUUGUUACCUAACCCCGCAAGAUGUAACGACAAUUUGUCAAGGUGUUGCUGUCAGCUCUUAUUUACGCUGGCUCAGUCUGUCGAAUAAUCGCAGAGUCAAUCUCACAAUUGCCCAAGCUGUCAAUGAUAUGAACAGUGAUCUGACCGCCAAUACUUGUGAUUGUGGUCUCACCUCACAACAUCACCCCGCGUUUUGCCAAUGCCGAAAUAUUGGCGACACAGGUAAUUUGUGACAAACUAAAAAAAAAAUCGAUCCAGAAAGACUGACCAAAAAAAAACUUUUGUAGCUGCACAACUACUCGGCGAUAUAAUGAGUAAUGAGAU